AUGGCGAGGCCUCUUCCUCACAAAGGCUUCAAACUCAACUUAGAUGCAUCCCUGAGAGAAGGCCAGGGUGGCUUGGGUUAUGUGAUUCGUGAUGAGAAAGGUGUUGUGAUUGCGGCUGUUUCUGAACCCUUCAACUUCACCUCUAUCCUUCAGGGAGAAGCGUUUGCCAUCAGAAAUGGACUGCUAUUGGGAAUCUCAGAAUGUAUUGAGUGGCUUCAAGUGGAAUCUAAUUGUCAGGAGGUAGGGGUUAUAUGGGAGCUGUGUUCCCUAGCUGUCCUAAGACGUUUCAAUCGGCUCAACACUCUCAAGGGUUUAGGGGAGGAGAAAGCCAGAGAUCAAGGCCAGAUCAGCAUCAGAGGAUUCAACACUACAGAGAAGGAGAUAUCAUCGUCAUACCUGCAGGAGUGGCCCAUUGGUGCUACAACGAUGAUUGUUGGGAACUACGAGAGACCAGUCUUCAAUGGAGAGCUACAUGAGGGUCACAUACUUAUAGUACCACAGGGAUUUGUGGUGAUGAAGCAAUCGGGAGAUGAAGGAUUCGAAUGGGUUUCAUUUAAGACCAAUGAGAAUCCAAAGACCAACCCACUUGCUGGAAAAACGUUAGUGCUCCGGGGAAUGCCAGUUGAUAUAUUGGCCAAUGCGUUCCGGCUGUCGAGGGAGGAAGCAAGCAGACUUAAGUACAAUAGGGAAGAGGUUCAAAUCCUCAGACCAAGGUCUCAUAGAUCUCAGGAAUGGAACUCUGCUUGA